AUGUACAACAACGAAAAUAAAACUAUAGAAAUAUACACAAAGAAAAGUGAAUGUGUUAAAAUCAAGCGACUUGCGAACAAUGGUAAGAGACAUAUUGGCCAUCGGGCGUGCCAGAAGAACGAAAACAUCACUGCCUGCACGGCACGGCACGGCACGACACGUCACGACACGGCACGGCACGGCACGGCACUUAUGGAGAUUAACAAACUUUCCCCCGUCACGAUCAGCUUGGCUAUUUGUGGGUCGGUGCUGGUUUCGUUGGGGGUCUGGCUUAUAAAUUAUUGGUACGUGAAAAGGGCGCAGAAAGGGGCACGCAAAUGUCCCGGUCCCCGACCUCACUGGCUCUUUGGUAACGUAUCGGUGUUUCGCGAGACGCCAGAAGAAGUCCACUUGCGAUGGUUUGCCCUCCAUGAGGAGUAUGGUGACAUGUUCCGCUUGCGCCUUGGGCCACCAGGCCUUGGGCUGGAUCUGAAUUUUGACGUUGCCACCGUGUCAGCUCGAUUCUUCCAGAAUGUUCUUGGCCAAUUCUCCCUGGUGGGACUGAGCGGGGAUCUAUGGAAAAAGCACCGUCGUCUAAUCAGCCCGUUCUUCGACAGAACGUACAUGACAUUCGCAGCAGAUAUAGCCAAUCAGCAGACGAGGAAGUUGAUUGACAGAUGGCGUUUGCAACAACCUGGCUCCGUGAUAGAGGCGUUCUCUGCAGUUAAAAAUCUAACUGUUGACAUAUCUGGUUUGGUUGGAUUCGGUUAUGACCUCAAGGUCCAGGAAAAUCCAGAUAGUACAACCUGCCGGGCACCGAUCAAGGCGUACCACCUAGCCAAGCAACAAAAGGUUCUGGACGAUCUAGUCAGUACCAUCAUUCAGCAGCGACUGAGUGACCAGGAAGGCACACGGGCCAGGAGGGACUUAUUGUCUCUUCUUUUCUCUGCCACGGACCCAGAGUCCAGAUACAAGUUAUCCGAGCAAGAAGUGCAUAAUGAAAUCAUCACGUUCAUCUUUGGAGGAUUUGAGACGACAGCUUCGUCACUUUGUUGGUUUCUCUACCACAUAGGUAAGGGACAAGUGGCUACAUGGGAUAUGUACCACAUGGGGUAA